AUUGGUCUUAUCAAUACUCGAUUCAAAAUAUAGCAUGCAGUAUUAACAGCCUCGGCCCAAAAAUUUUAAGGUAGACCACUUGCAAUCAACAUGUAACUAGGCAUUUCCUCUAAUGUUCUAUUUUUUCUUUCAACCACACCAUUUUGUUGUAGUGUUCUAGGUACGGAAAAAUUGUGACUUAUACCAUGUUCAUUACAAUAAUUUAUGAAUCUUGAAUUUUCAAAUUCUUUACCAUGAUCUGACCUUAUGUUAAUGAGUUGAUUAUUACUGGAUUUUUGUAUUUUGUUUGCAAAAGAAACAAACUCGUUAAAGGCUUCAUCUUUAGAUACUAAAAAUAAAGUCCAUGUAAACCUACUGUAAUCAUCAACUAUAACAAAAACAUAUCACUUGCCACUGCGGCUUUGAGUUCUCAUAGGUCCACAAAGAUCUAUAUGGAUUAACUCAAGCGGUUUUGAAGUGGUCACCACAUUCUUUGGUUUAAAGGAUGAUCUCCUUGUUUUCCACAAAGGAAAAGUGUACUGUCUCCAUCUACAACUUCCGUCAGAUUGUCAACUUUGGGAACAGUAGACCCCCUGUCUACUUUUGACUUCCUAAGCGAUUUUCUAACUUCUUGGAUAUUUAUGACACGUACAACUUCCACGAACCAAGUCAUAGGCUUCAUCAACGAUUUUAACACAAUCGGAUAUUUACCUGCAAAAUAAUCUCUAAAACAUGUUUGUUUAUUUAAAAGUGAAGUCAUCAUCAAAACCUAAGAGGCGAACAAAUGGAAGAGGACGGCUCAAUCAUAUCACUGCCGAUCCUCCUUCCGUGACUGAUCCGGAGUAUACUAAGUGGAUACACAAAGAUUCUGGUAUUUUCUUGGAUUAUAAACAAUAUUCAUUCAGAACUUGUAAACCAAUUUCUGGAUUAUACAAACAACUAAAGAUUUAAAGAAAAGCAUAGAAACCUUAUUCAGCAGCGGAAGAGAUAGUCUUCAAAUUUUCGAUUUAACCGUCAAAGAAACAAGUAUCAAACAAGGGAAAGAUUCGAUUGAAAUUUUUUAUGGGAAAUUGAUAUCUACCUGGAAGUAGAUAGAUAAAAGGAUUCCAAAUCCAAUAUCGUGUGCCAAGGAUAUCACUACAUACAAUAACAUAUUACAACAAAUCCGUUUAUAUGAGUUCUUAGCUGGUAUCACCGACAAUCUUGACAAAGAAAAAAGGGAUAUACUCAAACAAGAUCCCUUACCAACUGUUGAGGCGGCUUAUGCACAAAUCAGAAGGAAGAUUAUCCGAAGGAAUAUUAUGGGUGGAACGUCUUCAACAAGCACACCAAUAAAAGAAAUAGGGUCAGGUCUUAUAUCCAAAAGAAGACCAGAACCCAAUUUUUUCAAAAGGAGAGCUAAAAGCCAAAUGCUCUCACUGUGGUGGAUCUAAACACACAAAGAAGGGGUGUUUUAAACUUAUAGGAUACCCUGAAUGGUGGAUAGAAAAUAAAAAGCGGAUCAAAGAAAAUAACUCAAAAACAACAAGUAAAGAAGAUUUUAGAGCCAAGGCACAUAUGAUGGAGUGCAAAGAGGACAUCACAAAUGUUGAACCUGACACUAAAGGAGGAAAUUCCGAUUGGGAAGAUUAUUGGGCAUGGUACUGAGAUAGGUGGCUUAUACUAUGUUGAUGAAGUUGCUCAACAUGGGAGUGCUAUGCUUACAUACACAUCUGAUGCGCAAAAAAUUCGCAUGUGGCAUAAGCGUUUGGGUCACCCCUCGUUAGGAUACUUGAAACGUCUUUUUCCUUCUAUUAGUUUUAAAAUUUUCUGCUUAGAGUGUGAAUCAUGUGUGCUUGCUAAAAGUCAUAGACAUACUUAUACAUAUAGUUCGUCUCAUUCCGAUAAACCAUUUGUAUUAUGAUGUUUGGGGCCCAGUGGCAAAUGCAACUAUACAUGAAUAUUCUUACUUUGUGUUGUUCAUUGAUGACUACACACAUAUGAGUUGGGUAUAUUUUAUUGAAACAGAAAUCUAAGGUGUUUAGUGUUUUUAUGUGGUUCUAUAAGAUGAUUCAGGCACAGUUUAACAAACAAAUCAUAUUCUACGAUCUGAUUACGGAGGGGAAUAUAUGAAACUUAAUAUGAAAGAGUUUAUAAUUUCUAAUGGACUUAUUCAUCAAACAUUAUGUUCUGGCAGCCCACAACAAAAUGGAGUUGCCGAGAGAAAAAAUUGUACACUUCUUGAAAUGGCAAGAGCCUCGAUGUUCGAGUAGCAUGUUCCCGCGGUUUUAUUUUCUGAAGCCAUUGCGACAUCAAAUUAUUUAACGAAUCGCCUCGUUUCAAGAAAGUUAGAUUUUAGGACACCUGUUGAGGCCUUGAAUUCCUUUAUAGCUAUACCGCCUACCCAUAAUCUUCCUCCACGGGUGUUUGGUUGUGUUGUUUAUGUUCAUCUUAAGAAAGGAGAUAGAAACAAAUUUGCAACCUCGAGGACAAGUGUGUGUUUGUUAGAUUUGGUGUUCACCAAAAAAGGUACAAAUGUUUUGAUCCAAUUCACGAUAAGAUGUAUACUACAAUGGACUAUGAUUUUUUUGAAGAUUCUUUUUAUUAUACCCAACUAACAUCUCUGGAGGAGAGUACAUGUGGAGAUCUUAGUUGGUUAACAUAUUGAGAAAUGACACAAGAGGCACAAGGGAAAUCUUCUCCUAUUAUUAAUAAUCAAGACACUAAUCUGGACAUAUUACUUCU